ACAUAGGAGAAGACGCCUCUGCCUAAUAGAUUUUUUUGUUUAAAUUUAGUAUAUUAUGUGAUACGGUGCGUUUUACAACAUAAAGCUCCAUAUUCCAACGCAAAACAUACAAAACCAUCAAUCAAUUAAACCUGAAAUGCUAUUUACAUAAACGCCGAUAAAAAAAAGUUUAGAAAAAAAAGUUUUUUUUUUGUACAAAAAUCGUGAUUAGACAUUUUAUUAUAAAUAAAGCACUCGCUCAAACUAAUACGCAAUGGCUGAGUGUUUCAGCAAGCGUUCAGCUGUGUUUUGUAGCAUCAUGUUAGUUAUUGGUUUAGUGUUAAUUUUGUGCUUAAGUGCAUUCGGUGCACGUAACUCACCUGUGAACUUUCGAGCUAAUCAAUCUCCCGAGGAUCCAAAUAAAAUUUUGCGAUUCGUUCAUACGGUUUUCAGACAUGGCCCUAGAACACCAGCCGAUACAUAUCCGACGGAUCCUCACUUCAAUGAAACAUUUUAUCCGUAUGGAUGGGGACACAUCACAAAUGAUGGCAAAAAGUACAUGUAUGAAUCUGGUCAGUGGCUUAAUCAACGAUACGGACGUUUCCUCGGAAAUCUUUACGUACCCGAUGCUGUGUGGGCUCAGACUACUGGUGUGACGCGUACACAAAUGUCUAUGGCUACACUUCUCGCCGGUCUUUUUCCCCCAAGAGACACAGCAAUGGAGUGGAAUCGGCGGCUAAAUUGGCAACCCAUACCUAUUUUUUCGGAACCUCUUGACGAAGAUACUCUGUUACUGGUACGUACUCCAUGCCCAAGAUACUACGAAGCGCUGAAGGAAGUAUUCGAAUCUCCGGAACUGAAGCAAGUGGAAAGGGAUAAUGCUGAAAUGUACAAGGAAUUGACGGAACUAACUGGAAUGGACAUUAAAACACCUGACGACAUUCAAUCGCUGUACAGUACGCUCCGAGCUGAAAGUGAAUAUGGAUUGAAAUUGCCCAGUUGGACCAAAAACUACUAUCCCGAUAAACUAUUGAAUUUGACCGAACUCAGCUACAUCUACAACGUAUACACGGACGAAAUGAAAAAAUUUAAAGCCGGACCGUUCCUCGAGAAAAUGAUCAACGAAUGGAACCAGAAAAAGGCAGGUGUCAUCAAACCGAAAGAUCGGAAAAUGUUCUUGUACACCGGUCACGAUUCGACAGUGGUAAAUAUUUUGCAUGCCAUCGGUGUCUGGGAACAGCAGUUGCCAGUUUAUGGAAUUAUGGCCAUUUUUGAGCUACUAGAAGACAAGGCAACUGGAGAGUACGGUAUUUCUAUUUAUCUGAGAAACAGUGCAAAAAGUGGCGCCAUUCCACUUACCAUCCCAGGUUGUGACCAUUUUUGUCCAUUGGAUCAGUUCAUCGAAUUGACCAAAAAGUUUAUCAUUGCGGAUAAGGCUAGUGAGUGUGCUGCAAGAGAUAAAAGUUUUACAACUCCGCCACCUUCAGGUCCUUGAAAUUUUAACAAAAUAUUUUUUUUUACCGUUUUUGUUUCAGUAAAUAAACUUUGAAUCAAACAUUUUAAUUUGUAUACUCAACGCGUCGAUCAUUAAAUUGUAAUUUUU